UCUCCGUCACUCGCUCCUUACAAACAGAUAAGAUGACCUGUGAUCUUAAAUAGUCAUUAUAUGCCCCAAUUUCAUGCAUUAAUAUCAAAUUAUGUAUUUGAAAUUCGUUUACCAAAAUGUGCACAGUGUUAAAUGUUCCAAUAUUACUAAUUGUAUUAACUAGUUUACACGUGAGAAGCCAAGAUGAAGAUUAUUCAUUCUUUGAAACAACGACGUCAGGAAAACUCGCUGAAGGGGAACAAAAGUUGAGCGAAUCUAUUCGUAAAGCCCUAGAUCAUUUCAAACAACCCAACCCUGAAGGGUGGCCAGGAUUAGAUGUUCCAGAUCCAUAUUUAUUGCCAGAUACUACACAAUCUGUUGGAUUUGGUGCGAGCCUGACUUUUACGGAAACUGUACUUCAUGGUAUAAGUAAAUUUCGCGUCCUGUAUGUAAAAACUGAAAUUGAAGAUAUGGAGUGUCGGGCAGCACUUGUAAUGGAUAAACUACAUAUUCGUGGUAAAUACAUUCACAGAACGUGGUUUACUUCCACCAUAGGGUCGCUAACAUCUAAUAUUACUGAUAUUAAAGCCACGGCAAUAGCCACGCUAGGCGUUGAACGAAACGGAAAAUUAAGGGCACAAGACAUAUUACUUGAUAUCACGUUCCAAAAUAUUGCUAUGAAUAUUGAAAAUGCAGGGAUCUUAGCCACAUUACUGUCGGGGAUCGUCAAUUCUAUGGGAUCCUACCUAUUUGAAUCCAUCAAACCUGUCCUCCUUCGGGAUGCACAUCAGAAUAUAAGAGAAGAGAUUAAUAAAAAAUUGGACGAAGUCGUUGGAGACAUAGAAUUCCCUAAUACAAUAUCUCCGAUAGACAUGAUCAUAGUAGAUGUUAGGAAAAAAUUAAGAGAAAUGAAAAUGGACCCGUUUAAAGUUAAUGACUAUAAUAAUACUAGCGGUGUUUUUGAAGUAAGACUUUAUAACACAUGGUUGACUGGUUUGUCUUCUUUAUACCGAAUCGGAAAUAUAAGCCUUUAUCUAGAGAAUAACACUUUGGUAGCAGACUUUUGUAUUGGAAUACAAGAACUUGGGGGAUCUACUUUUUGGGAAGUAAAAGGCAUUGGUGGUUAUAUAUUUGGAGCAGGUAGUAGUUCCUUUUCCGUACAAUAUAUACAAGGGCGGUUUAUACUUGUACAGCCGUUGGAUACAAGAAGAAGAAUGGAACUAAGGGAUUUGGAACUGGAACUUGGAAACAUACAAAUUGGUUUUGAUGGCGCGGGAACUCUGGAUUAUUUUAUUGAAUUGUCAGCAAAUAUAUUGCCGACUCUUUUAAGAUAUCAAAUAAUAGACGCUAUUAUUAAUCCCAUCAAAUGGAAAUUACAGAGAGAAUUGGAUGACAUUAGCAUAGAAGGUUUGAUAGUAACUGAACUGCCUGAACUAGAUAAAAUGCAAGCAGAUGGUUUCCAGCUUGCUGAACUAAGAAUGACAAAUAAUACAACAGACGAAGUGUUUGAUAAAGACGAAUUCUUUAACUUUUAA